AUGACAAAUCGUGUUUACGGUAAACACACCAAUCAAAAUUUAAAACACAAUAACAAAGAGGAAACAAGACGAAAAACUAAAUCUAGACCUUUCUCCGCCGGUGUUAUAGAUUCUAAGAAAAAAGAUGAUGUCAAAGUUACAAGAUUUACGACGAAUUCGACUAAAAAAAAUAUUAAUACAAAAAACGAUACCGUUUUAGAGGAAUUGAAAGACACGAUCGAGAGGGUUAAGAGUUUAGAACUAUUGAAUGUUAAACUUAACGAGGACAAUAAACAGCUUCGUAAUAGAUUAGAACAAGUUAACGAGGAAAAGUAUGUGGUGGAUUUAAAAAUAUCCGAAUGUGAAAGAUUUAUACAGAGACUGUCUAAGGAAUAUGAGAAUAAAAAUAAUGAAUUGAACACAAUCAAACAGAACGAAAAGAGUCAGUUGGCAGAAUUAAAUAAGGCGAGAGAUGACAGGAGGCAGUUGGUUAUACAGCGCGAUAAAGACGCCAUCGUCAUACAAGAUUUACAAAGACAAGUUAAAGAAAUGGAAAUGAUUCUUAAAAGAAAGCAUCCGGACUCGGUGUCGGCUUUAAUAGUUGCAUCAAAAUCAUCUUCAGUUGAAGACAAUAAAAAGAAAUUAUUGGAAGAAAGAAUAGCUAGGCUGGAGCAAGAAUUGAAAGAUAAAGAAAAUCAUUUCCAAAGCAUUCUAAUGACGCUCCAAGAGAAGUUUGGUGAUAUGAAACAGAAAUACGAGAGUCACAUCAUCGAUGUAGAACGACAGUUGAUGGAUGAUAGAAAGGUUAAUAACGACUUGAAGAACAAAAUCAACAAACAGAACAUGAAACAUGUAGCUGUUCAAACAGUUAUGAGACCACAGAAUAAUGUCUGUACGCAAACAGUGUUAAAAUCAGAUAGGGCAACGUCAGCUGUUAGCAGGCUAACACAGAAUUCGGCUCUGAUAUUCAAUAAGCUUAAAGAAGAUAGCUAUCUGGUAGCAACUAUCAAGGGACUGCAAGCUGAACUGACGACGAAACAACGAACAAUAUCCAAAAUAAACAGAGAGACAGAGGAAUUGAGAAAGAAUUUACGAAACUUGCAGAAAGAAAAAGAAGUUCUGAUACAUUUGAAUCCGCAAAAGAAGGGCUGUAAGCAGGCGAAGUCGACGGAGAAUAUACUGUCAAGAGUGAACACGGAAAUGGAAGCUGAAUUGACUCAAAUUAAGAAGGAGAAAGAAUUAUACAAGGAGGAAAGAACCGGUCUGCUCUCAUCGCUGAAGAGGACAAAUGAAGACCUCAUACUGUUGAAGAAGAAAAGAAUUCAGGACCUUCACACACUACAAUUGGCCCAUGAGAAGGAGUUGAUGCAGAUGAACAUGCAACUGUAUCCGCUGCAAGAAGAAAUAAAACUCUUGAACCGAACAGUGGAGAUACUCCAGGAUCGAGUUAGGACGGCCGAAGACAAAUUACUUAGAUUCAGCAGUGGCCAUAAUGACGUUAACGCCGGUGGCGAUAAUAAUAGCACAAAACAUAUACGUUCCUAG